AUGCGAGCCCCCUUCCCGCUGGCGCUGCGCAUCGGCACCGACAUCGUGGCCACGACCCGCAUCUCGUCGCUGUUGAAAUCCGACGUACGACGCCUGGUGCGCCUCACCAAUCGAUUCCUGGUGCCCCUGGAGCUGGAGGAUCUCAGACGCCGCUUCCCGUACUGGGAUUAUUCCGACGCAACGACAGAUGCAGAUCACCAGCUCGCGAGGCAGCAGCAACAACAGCAACAGCGACAGGUGACGGCGUGGAUCGCCGGGCGCUGGGCGUCCAAGGAGGCGGCCAAAAAGGCCUGGGGCGCGCCGUUACUCAGCUUCCGCGAUCUGAGGGUCGGAAUUGAUCCCGACGGCGCCGUCCAUGUCAUCUGCGACACGCGUCUGACAGGUUCGGAUCAUUCCAUCACUGCCUGCAACACCGUGACCGAGCAGACGGCCCAGCUCAGCAUCAGCCACGACGGGGAGUACGCCAUCGCCACGGUUCUGGCGACACCUCUACAUCCAGACAUAUCGGCCGAGCUGGGACGACGGAAGGCCGAGGCCGAAGCAAAGGUUAAAAGGCCUGUACUGUAG